AUGGCAGAACGCCCAGUACCUCAGUUCGAUCCUACUGGCCCUGCUCAAGAUGUAUCCAUUCGCUGGGCGAAGUGGAAACGCAGUUUUCAAUACUACCUUGCUGCAGAGGAUAUCACCGAUUCGACACGGUCGAAAGCAAAGCUGUUACAUCUUGUUGGUCCCGCUGUACAGGACGUGUUUGACACGCUCCCGGAACCUCCAGCUCCGACGGAUGGUUCUGUCCAGAAUUCUUACGACAAAGUAGUCACUAUGUUGGAUUCGUACUUUCAGUACACUCCGAAUGUAAUGUUCGAACGACAUACUUUCCGCCGAUUGGCGCAAAUGGAAACAGAGACAGUAGCUCAGUUUGGCAACCGUUUGGUUCAACAAGCAAAGCUCUGUUCGUUUGCUGACCAGGACGAGCAAGUGUGUGAUCAGCUUGUAGAGAAGUGCAUCGAUGAUCGUCUACGCCGAAAGUUUCUGGAGAAACAAGGCACUCUCAAGCUCAAGGAUGCUCUGGAGUUGUUCAGACAGUUCGAGGCAACUGAACUCAGCGCUCGAGGAAUGUCACAAUCGCGCAGUGCUCCAGCUCCUGUCCGUCUGGUAUCCUCCACUACUGGCACUAGAACACCAACGCAUUCAAGUGGUCCACCCGGAGCAGAAUGUAGCAACUGUGGUCUUUCAGAUCACACAGCGGAAUCUGCUAACUGCCCCGCACGUGGCAAGGAGUGUCUGAAUUGCCACAAGAAAGGUCACUACAAGCGCAAGUGUCGGAAACCAGUGACAUCCAGGUCGUCCAAGACUGGAAGGAGAGGAAGAGGAGGUGGUACGCAUCAAGUCGUUAGUGCACCUUCAGCACACAGCGCACCAGCAUCUCAGCAGAAGCCUGUCCAGCAUGAGUCCUACGCUAUUGGGAAAGUCACGUCUCCGCUGAACGAGUCAGACUCGCUGUUUGUGUCCGUGUUCGUCAACGAACGGCCGCUGAGAAUGGAAGUGGACACAGGCGCGAAAGUCACUCUAGUGCCUGAACACGUGUGGGAACAGUCCUGGAGUGAUGUUCCGCUUGCGGCGUCCCAGCUGCAACUCACCACCUAUGAUGGCAGUUCUCUACCAGUGGUAGGAGAGACGGUUGUUGAAGUAGCGUACGGUGAGCAAUCCAUCACAGACACCAUUGUGGUUGUGAAAGGCGGUAGCCAUCCCCUACUCGGUCGUAACUGGUUGCACCGUCUUCGUCUCGACUGGCCAUCAUUGUUCCGCAUCAACUCAGUGUCGAGCACAGAGGCUGACUUCAAGAAUGAGUUUCCGGCGGUAUUUGGAACUGGCCUCGGUACGGUCAAGGACCACCAAGCUGAGAUCCACUUGAAGGAGGGAGCGACCCCUCGCUGUUGUUCAGCUCGUCCCGUUCCGUAUGCUCUGCGUCCUGCCGUGGAGCGUGAGCUCGACCGUCUGGAGGGUGAAGGUAUCAUACGUCCAGUCAAGUCAGCUGAGUGGGCCUCGCCACUAGUGAUAGUCAGCAAAAAGAACGGCGACAUCCGCCUUUGUGCCGACUUCAAGGUCACGAUCAACCGGCACAUCGAUCCACGUCAGCAUCCAAUACCUAAUCCGAAUGAUCUGUUGUCACGUCUUGCCGGUGGGUCAAUGUUCAGCACGCUUGAUCUCAGCCAGGCAUACGCACAGCUGCCGCUAUCCGAAGCAAGCCAGAAGUAUUGCGUCAUUGCCACGCAUCGCGGUCUCUAUGCAUUCAACCGUCUGCCGUUUGGUGUUGCAAGUGCCCCGGCAAUCUGGCAACAAACCAUGGAUCAGAUCCUGCAAGGCAUUCCCGGUGUGGUUUGUUUCUAUGACGACAUCCUCAUCACCGGAGCAACCCCAGCCGAGCACGAUGAGCGCCUACGUCAAGUACUGGAGCGACUUGCCGAAUUUGGUGUACGUCUACGUCUCGAGAAGUGUGUACUCAGCGUUGACCAGGUCCGCUAUCUCGGUUUCACUGUCUCAGGCGAAGGCAUUCAAACCAAUGGCGACAAGGUUGCUGCCAUUGUCGACGCACCACCACCGAAAGACCAGACAGCUCUGCAGUCGUUCAUCGGUUUAGUGAUGUUCUACAGCCGUUUUGUGCCAUCUAUCUCAGAUGUACUACAACCGCUACGACAACUUCUCGUGAAAGACGCACCCUGGGACUGGUCGUCUGAAUGUCAAGAGUCAUUCGAGAAGGUCAAGAAUCUGAUGGCCGAUGCACCCAUUCUUGCCCACUUCGACAUCAACCGCAAAGUCAUUGUCGAGUGUGACGCUUCUCCGUAUGGCCUCGGUGCCUGUCUGCUGCAAGAAGAUGAUACUGGCAGCCGACGUCCUGUGUGCUUCGUGUCCCGAGCUUUGAGUUCUGCCGAAUCGCACUACAGCCAGAUCGAGCGUGAAGCUCUAGCAAUUGUGUUCGCAGUGAAACGUCUUCACAUGUAUUUGUAUGGUCGUCCGUUCGUACUCCGCACUGACCAUAAGCCGCUGCUGCGUAUCUUUGGACCGCACUCCGACAUGCCAGCAACAGCCGUUUCCCGGUUACAGCGUUGGGCAGUAAUUCUCAGUGAGUAUGAGUACCAGAUUGAGCAUAUCAGUGGCACCGCUAACGUCAUCGCUGACUGCUUAUCCCGCCUGCCAUUGAAGCUGUCCGAGCAGCAAGAAGCAACCGUUGUGAACGCCGUUCUCCAGCAUGCCCGUGAUCCAUGUGAGUCUCUACCUGUCUCUGCUGCUGAUGUUGCUGCAGCCAGCAAAGACGAUGCCAUUAUCUCGCGCAUCAUGCAGUACCUUCAGUUCGGUUGGCCCGCCGACACCCCCGACGAUCUUCAAGCCUACCGCCAAUGCCGCAACGAGCUGACGAUUGAGUCUGGUUGUUUGGUGAGAGGCCAUCGUACCGUAAUCCCUGUGCAACUUCGCCGCGCGCUGCUGCAGGAGCUGCACAGUGUGCACCUUGGCAUUGUGCGAAUGAAGUCCGUCGCACGCAGUUUCUUCUGGUGGCCAGGCAUUGAUGAUGAUAUCAAGCAUCUAGCCACGUCAUGCCGUCAGUGCCAAGACACCGCUAACGCUCCGCCCAAGGAAGCACCGCAUCCCUGGAUCUAUCCCUCCGAGCCCUUUGAAAGAGUGCAUGUCGACUUCGCCGAGCACGACGGCCAGCACUACUUUCUGCUUGUAGACGCCUAUUCAAAAUGGCUCAGCGUCUACAAGAUGUCUUCUACGACAACCCACCAGACCCUGGAGUGCCUACUGUCGUUCUUAUCUACGUACGGCAUCCCGAAGACACUGGUCAGCGACAAUGGUCCGCAGUUCACGUCGCACCUGUUCCGCCAAUUCUGUUUGGAGAAUGGAAUCAGCCAUAAGUGCACACCGCCAUACCAUCCAGCGUCCAAUGGACAAGUAGAACGGUGUGUCCAAGAGUUAAAGAAGGCGCUACGUACUCGCCCGGACAACGUGUCAGCCGGCACCCAGCUCCACCGUUUUGUGUUCGCGUACCGCAACACACCACAUUCAACAACACAAGUCACGCCUGCAAGCUUGGUGUUCAAGAAAUCCCCAAACGUCAAGUUCUCCCUGCUGAAGCCCAAUUUCAGUAGUUCCCAGCGUCAGCGUCAGACUACAGCGUCAUCAACGAAGAGAGACUAUACUCCCGGUGAUGCUGUAGCAGUACUCAACACUCGUAAUGGCAAUGGUCCAAAGUGGAUUCACGGAACUAUCGCCGAGCGGCUUGGUCCGCUAUCGUACAUCGUUCGUACCGGUGAACAGACGCGACAUGUACAUUCUGACCACCUUCGUAUGGCAGAAUCUGAGAGGGAAGAGGAGACUGAACAAAUUGAAAUGCAACCGCAACCGGCCGUUGAGUUCCGCCAGCCUUCUACCGUACCUGCACCAGUCAGUGCACCAGCAGAACACGCUCCCGCUGUACCAGCUGUCGAGCCAGCAUUUGAGCCCGAUGCAGACAUCGAAGUAGCUCAACCCCUAUCCACAUCGUCUGAGGCUAAGCCAGCACAGUCGCCGCGCCGAUCCUCCAGACAGCAUCGUCCCCGUCAACGCUUGAUUGAAGAAUUGUGA